AUGUCUCAUCAAGCACGCAUUGACUCUGUCACGGCAACGCUGGCCAAACCUUCUCGUGAUGUUGAGUUUGCCAAAAAGAACGGCCGAUUGCAACCGGUAUCCGAGAUUUUUGGAGAAAACGUCUUUACGUUCCAAGAGAUGUCCAAACAUUUACCUAAAUCGGUGUUCCGAAGCUUCAUGAAGCAACUCCAGGGCAACUGCACUUUGGACAAAGUGACGGCCGACGCCAUUGCUCACGCUGUCAAGGUGUGGGCUCUUGAACGUGGUGCCACCGACUUCACCCAUUGGUUCCAACCUUUGAAUGAUUCCACCGCUGAAAAACACGAUUCUUUCCUUACCUUGAAGUCCAGCUUCGCCAACGGUUUUGGAGAGGUUACUGCCAUUGAUACAUUCUCGGGCUCUCAGUUGCUUCAAUCGGAACCUGAUGCUUCCUCAUUCCCUUCAGGUGGUAUGCGAACAACAUUUGAAGCGCGUGGUUAUACAGUGUGGGAUACCAAGAGCCCCAUGUUUAUCCAAGAUGGUCCUCACGGUACCGCUAUUCUUUAUAUUCCCUCUGUUUUCAUUUCAUACAAUGGUGAAGCGUUGGAUGAAAAGUCGGUUCUGUUGCGUUCUUCCGAGAUCUUGACCAAGACGGCUUUGGACGUCCUUCGUCUUAUCGAGCCCACGGACGAUGAAGAUCGUCCUCGCGUGAAAAAGGUGGUCAACACCUUGGGCAUUGAACAAGAAUUUUUCUUGAUCGAUCGCGCUCUUUACACACUCCGCCCGGAUUUGAAGAUCACCGGUCGUACCUUGGUCGGCGCGCUUCCCCCUCGUCAUCAGCAAUUGGAAGAUCACUAUUUCGGCAAACUGCCUACGCGUGUGCUUGCCGCUAUCAGUGAAUGUGAAUAUGAAUUGGCCAAAUUGGGUGUUCCCAUCAAGACUCGUCACAACGAAGUCGCCCCUGCUCAGUAUGAAAUGGCGCCUAUUUUCGAAGAGUCCAUGUUGGCCGUGGAUCACAACUUGCUGACCAUGGAUGUCUUGCACCGUGUCGCGCAUCGUCACAAAUUGAAGGCCUUAUUCCACGAAAAACCUUUCCGAGGCGUGAACGGUUCGGGCAAGCACUGCAACUGGAGUUUGUCUACGGAUUGCGGUGAUAACUUGUUGGAACCUUCAGCGACUCCCGAAACCAACUAUCGUUUUCUUUUGUUCCUGUUGGCGGUGCUCAAGGGUCUUUUGGAUCACGGUGAUCUUCUUCGUGCUGGUGUGGCUUCGGCUUCCAACGACCACCGUUUGGGCGCCCACGAAGCUCCUCCCGGCAUUAUCUCUGUUUUCUUGGGUACCCAGCUGAACGAAGUGUUGAACUCGAUCGAGGAAAACCGCCCUGUUAAUGAUGAUAUUGUUGGUGGUAACAAGAUGACCUACGUCCGCGUCAAGGGCACCGUCCUCGAUAUCAAGGUUUCCAGUUUGCCUAGCAUUUCGCGUGAUUUGACCGAUCGUAACCGAACCUCGCCUUUUGCCUUCACCGGUAACAAAUUCGAAUUCCGUGCAGUCGGUUCCAAGCAAUCGGUGUCAUUCCCCGUCACUCUUCUCAACUCGGUCGUGGCCUCGGCUCUCCAAGAGAUCCGCGACGCCCUCAAGAAACAAAUGGGUGAUAAGAAGGUGGCUUCCACCGAAGAUCAACUGGUGGUGAUUCGCGAGUUUAUCAAGAAGACCAAAGCCAUCCGAUUUGAAGGCGAUAACUACUCUCAAGAGUGGAUCGAGGAAGCGGCCAAGCGUGGUCUUCCCAACAUCACCAAGAGUUCCGACGCUUUCUCGCGUAUUCUCAAGACCGAAAACGCUGAUAUGCUGAAACGUCUGGGUGUGUUUACCGAAGCUGAAUUGCAAUCGCGUUAUCAUAUCUUGAUGGAGAAGUACGCCAAGGAUGUGACAAUUGAAGCCCAAACGCUUAGCACCAUGGUUCAGCAACAAAUUUUGCCUUCAGCUUUCAGCUACCGUCGCAACUUGGCAGAAGCCGGCUCGUUCAUGAAUGACAUUGGUGUGGACAAUGCACCGGAAAAGCAGCUCCUUCAAGAAUUGGGUCCUGUGGUUGGCCAAUUGCAGCAACGCACGAGUGAAUUGAACACAUUAAUGAACGACAUGAACAACUUGACGGAAACCACCGAAAUGGGUAUCUUUGCUGCCAACAAGUUGAUUCCUGCCAUGGAAGCUGUCCGUGCCCAAGCCGAUUACUUGGAACGAGUGGUCGCCGACAACUUGUGGUCCUUGCCCAAGUACAACGAGUUGUUCCUUAACAUGUAA